AUGGCAGCCACAACACUACGGUCACCCAUCACUCCGGGGUUGACGAUCAAGACUGACUUCGAGGGCUGUGAUAGAUUUCCUACGUACAUAGACCCUUUUGAAGAUUCUGACGAAACCGUCAUCGACGAGGCCAGCAUGCCUUCUUCCGCAUCUUCCAGCCCUCUCAACCCCAGCCAGCGGCUGGUUGAGAAGGUUAGGGAAGAUCCUUCGCGACACGCUUCACCUCAGCCCACCUCAGUUCAUGUUCCCACCCUCUCCAGGACAAAUGGCGGCAACGGCUACAGGGUGAUGCGGUCGGCCACGGUAGGGUACGUUGCCCCCGAGUUCAAGGGCAAGGCGGAUCAGAUGAAUCAAGUCCGGGAAUUGAUCCUGAAGAAUGAUUGGAUUCCUGAGAGCCGUGUAGACGCCCAGAUUGCGUGGUUCUACAAUGACCUUGGUAUCGACGAUGUAUAUUUCGAGCUCGAGACUACGCCCGUUAUUGCAGACCAUAUCACUGCCCUUUAUGCCGCUAAGGUGGCCGCCUACUCUCGCAAGGACAAGCGAGAAGAGAUCCGGCUGGACAUGGAGGCUAGUGACCAUGCCAUCUACAUCGACACCAGUGAGCCCGGGAAGAGUGCCGUUGGAGGCCCUCGUUUCGAAACCAGGCUGGAGAACAAGUACCUGGACGGCAACCUUACCGACCGAUUUCGUGUGGAAACCUUCCGGUCUUCAGGAGUACUGGGCGACAAAGCCGAUGCGAAGGCUUCCCUGCGCUGCUACUUCGUCUACCAGUGCCAAUUUGUUGAGCCCAAAGCCGACCCUAACGAAACUCGCCUGGAAGUCAUCAGCGACCGCAUGUUCCUAGCCAAGGCCACCGACAACACGAAGCAGAUGUACCGCGAGAUCAUUGAGGUCGCUGUCAGCCGUACGGGUCCAGUGAUUGAAGUGUUUGACCAUGCCGGGUCCCAGGAGAAGCGCCUCGUUGUCGCUUUCCGGUCGCGCACGGCCAGAGGCAUGUUCAGCGCUCUCUCUGACCUAUAUCACUACUACGGAGUGACAAGUUCCCGGAAAUACGUCGAACAGUUCUCAAAUGGAAUAACAGUCAUGAGUAUAUACCUCAAGCCUGCGACAAACCUCGGCAGUGGGUACCCACCGUUCGACCAGUCCAUCCACCAGAUCAUGAAGGAGACAUCACUCCUGUACUGCAUCCCCCAGAACAAGCUGCACCCGCUCUUCACCUCCGGUCAGCUGAGUCUGCAAGAGGCCAUCUACGGUCACUGUGUCUGGGUAUUUACCCAGCACUUCUUGAACCGUCUUGGGUCGGGAAUACAGAUCCUGUCCAAGCUGAAGCGCCGGUUGAGAACCGAGACUUUCACGCCCGACUAUAUUCUAGAGAUCAUCGCCUCAUUCCCUCAACUUGUUCGGUCCUUGUACGCCUCAUUCGCCAAGGUUCACCUCAGCGUUGGCCCAGAGUUCGAGCGACACACCAUCGAUCCCACACCCGCUGUGGAGAUCCUGUCCGACGAGCAGUUGAAGGCUCUUAUAACGAGGGAGGUCUCGACAGACCACGAGGAGAUGGUCUGGAAUGCCGCUCGGGCUUUCAACAACGCCAUCCUGAAGACCAACUAUUUCACGCCCACAAAGGUGGCUCUCAGCUUCCGUCUAGAUCCAUCUUUCCUGCCAGAGGUCGAAUACCCCAAGCGGCUGUUUGGAAUGUUCCUUGUCAUCUCAGCCGAGUCCCGUGGAUUCCAUCUUCGAUUCAAGGACGUCGCCCGCGGCGGUAUCCGAAUCGUGAAGUCUCGGAGCAAGGAGGCCUACGCCAUUAACGCGCGCAACAUGUUCGAUGAGAACUACGGCCUGGCAAGUACGCAGCAGCGGAAGAACAAGGACAUUCCUGAGGGCGGUUCCAAGGGCGUGGUUUUGCUAGACCCCAAACAGCAAGACAAGGCCCAGGAGGCAUUCGAGAAAUACAUCGACAGUAUCCUGGAUCUGCUACUUCCGGCUGAGACCCCCGGCAUCAAAAACCCUAUUGUCGACCUUUACGGUAAGCAGGAGAUUCUGUUCUUGGGCCCGGAUGAGAACACAGCCGAUCUUGUCGACUGGGCUACCGAGCACGCCCGUGCCCGCGGUGCCCCUUGGUGGAAGUCUUUCUUCACCGGCAAGUCUCCCAGACUGGGUGGUAUUCCUCAUGACCACUACGGUAUGACAACACUCAGUGUGCGAGAGUAUGUCAAGGGCAUCUACCGCAAGCUGGAGCUCGACCCCGCCACCGUCAAGAAGAUGCAGACCGGUGGCCCCGACGGUGACUUGGGAAGCAACGAAAUCCUGCUCAGCAACGAGAAGUACACGUCGAUCGUGGACGGCUCUGGAGUGCUUGUCGACCCCAACGGCCUCGACAAACAGGAGCUCAUUCGCCUGGCCAAGGAGCGUGUCAUGAUUUCUCAGUACGAUUUGUCCAAGCUGUCCAAGGACGGUUACCGAGUUCUCUGCGACGACUCGAACAUCACGCUUCCCAGCGGUGAGUUUGUCGGCAACGGUACCUCUUUCCGCAACACCUAUCACCUCCGCGACACCGGCUUCACCGACAUGUUCGUCCCUUGCGGUGGUCGUCCGGAGUCGAUCGACCUUGUCAGUGUGGCCAAGCUCAUCAAGGAUGGCAAGUCGACAAUACCUUACAUCGUCGAGGGUGCCAACCUUUUCAUCACCCAGGACGCCAAGCUGCGUCUCGAAGAGGCUGGAUGUGUCGUUUUCAAGGAUGCAAGUGCCAACAAGGGUGGUGUAACCUCGUCCUCCCUGGAGGUCCUGGCAUCGCUCAGCUUCGACGAGGAGGGCUUCGUCCAGCACAUGUGCCACGAUGCCAGGGGCAACGCGCCCGAAUUCUAUCGGGCAUACGUCAGGUCGGUGCAGGACAAGAUCCGCGAGAACGCCAGGCUCGAGUUCGAGGCCAUCUGGCGCGAGCACGAGGAGACGGGCCUCAAGCGGUCUGUCCUGUCCGACAAGCUGUCGGUGGCCAUCACCGACCUGGACGAGGAGCUGCAGCACAGCGACCUCUGGAAGAACAUCGGCAUCCGCAAGGCCGUCCUGCGCGACGCCCUGCCGCAGCUCCUGCUGGACAAGAUCGGCCUGGACACGGUCAUCGACCGGGUCCCAGACUCGUAUCUCUGUGCUAUUUUCAGCUCGUACCUGGCCAGCCGUUUUGUGUACGAAUUCGGCAGCCAGCCGAGCCAGUUCGCCUUCUACGACUUCAUGUCGAAGAGGAUGUCCAAGAUUGCGCAGGAUUAG